AUGCGACGUGUCGAGGCUGGUUUGCAGCGUGGUGGCGCUGACAUCGCACUAGGCAACAUGCUUGCAGACAUUCAGGAAGAGCUUCUUGCGCAGUAUGGCCAGCCUCAACAUCUAUCAUUCCUUGGUCUUUUGGCCACCGGAGGGCCAGACAGCACGUCCUUUGUCCCACCUCGCCAGUGCCCACCCGUGAGCAAGCGAAAGCGUAGAGAUAAGCCGCUGAAAAGGAGCCGAACAACUGAAGUGCAGUUCGAAGCAGAAGACGGCUUACCGCUGUCAUCAUCUUCCUGCGGGCGGUACUUCGCGGCGGGAUGUCAGGAGGAGGGAGGGGAGAAGAGCACAGAGGCACAUUCUCAAAAAAGUAACACCUUGCAUGACUGGUGUAGCCGCCUCUCACGGGCUCCUCGUAUGCCGCGCAUGGAGGGCGCUGCACUCGUUCAUUGGACACAGGAUGACUGGGCCUGUGCUCUGCACCCAAUGGGUGAGCUGGGACCCUACUUGAAGUCUACCUCAGCUCCGUUCUCAGGGUUGGUGCAUGGGGCUCAACCAGCGACACCAGCGGUGCCUGGUCUUCAACCAACCACCGAAACUUCUGGAUUGGAGACGACCAGCGGUGAUCAAGGUGAUGCAGGCGCCCCGACAGUAAAGCACAGUGCCACCGCCAACGACGUAUUGGUGUCUCCGCAAUUUGACCCAGCGGUGGUGGUCAACUAUGUAAAGUGCCGCUGUGCUGAGUUGCCAAUGCGGUUGCGACUGGAGGCCUUGCAAAUGCGCCGCCAUGAGCACCUGCUUCGUCAGCACAUGCAGGAACUAAUCCGGUUCUCUGAGUUCCUGACGUUGUGUGGGGCGGUGCCAUCCGGCGCCACAUGGGAGAACACUACCGGCGGCUCGGCCGGUUCGAACUCUAGCGGACCGAGCAAGGCAUCUCUUUGCCCAUUUGCUAAGGCUUCUUCACUGCCUCCUGGGUACAUGGACGCGGCAAAAAGGGACGGUGUUGAAGGCCUCCAGUUGUUAUCACGAUGCUUUCAACGUGUAGCAGAAUUAGAACGACUCGUGACGCUGGACAGUACGAAUAAAGUCUUGUGCGCUGAACGCAUGGUCUUGCUUAGCGCCACGACUCUGGCGGCUGCUCGCCGAGUUGACUUGAAUAUUUGA